AAGAGCAUGAGUGGAUUUUUGUUGACUCGAGAUAAACCCUUAUCGUUGUUGCUUAUUAAUAUCGGAAUAUCUUUAUCUACAGGCAUCUGUUGAUCAGCACUAUUUAGCACAACAAGAUCAUGGUGGCGUUCGAGUUCUCUUUCGCCGUCCUUCAACUCUUUCAACAUUGAGGAUGGGUAAAGCUCGGAAAAAGCCCGGUCCCGCAGGCACUGAUGCCAAACUCGCAGUGAGCCCUAAGAGGCCUUCUCCUGCAACAUAUGAAGCAGCAUGUCUAAAGACUAGCACUCCUGCAGAAGCUGCCGCCCAGGAGGCAACUACAGAUGAACCAGCAUGUCUUAAGACUAGUACUCCCGCCGAAGAUGCCGUGCAGCCACUGCUGAGUUGCGAGCUUGUCCGAGAAUUGAGUGGGAACUCAGCUGGCGCAUCGAGCUCCUCUACCUCUGUCGGGCGAUCUGUCGAUGGGCCACCAUCCUCCCUAACGAGCGACGUCUCAUCGGCUGUGGUCCGCCAGACCGCAGCAUCGUCUUCUAGUUCUUCGAGCAGUGCUGCACAAGAUAAAGAUUCAUGCGUUUCUUGCGAUGUAAUCCCUGCAGGAGGAGCUGCGGGAGGAACAUCGCCAAUGAUAGAACUACUAGACCAUCCUCCUGUAACAAGUGAUCGUGUUGCAACAACAGAGACUACACCCAUGGAGCUGACAUCAAGUGUUGCAGGAACACCGAUGCAGCAGUUUGGAGUCCCUCCUGUGGGUCCAUCUCCCAACAAUGCUUUGCAGAGUCCUGAAACAGAUGGUUGGAGCGCCUUUUUUCUUGGAUCUUCAAGUAAGCACCACAAUCUUCGUACUAGUCGGACUACGUCGAAGGAUGGCGCGCCUUUGACUUAAGGGUUUAAAUGGUAACUACCAUAAUUAAUGCAUUGAUUCUUCACCAACUUUCUUCACGACCUGUUUUCCAAUGGGAAAGGAGUUGAGAUCGUUCUGAAGAACGCAAAAGUGUCGCAACCUCUAAUCGAUUGCGAGGACGACCGACGACGACGAUGACAAUUUCGGUUUGACGUUCAGUGCGCCAAACGCAGAUCUCCAGAGAGUAAGAGUUCGAAACUUAAUCUCUCCGGAAGAGCCCUCGAGCGACAGCUUGGUGCUCCACAACUCUUCAGAGGAUACUUCUGGAGGGAAAAGCAGUGUUGUACUGAACCAAGUUGCUGCCGCACCAGAAGGCUCGAUUAAGGCUCUAUAAAUGGCGAAGCAUCCCCCUACAUUACUAUCACCUUAGGAGGCAGCUCUUUAUUCACUUGAAAAAUAAGAAGCCUCGCCAACUGAUAUGACUCUCAAGGGAGAUGCGACGAACGCUUUGCAUCUCUAAAUCGAGUGCUAAUUGUUCCAAGCGUGUGUUUAUUCGUGACACGCUGCCAUGUCCGGCUGCUUCAUCGUCGUUUGUCUCCGAGAGCGGGAAAACAGGUGUGUGCCUGAUCGGAGCAAAUACGAGUAUUGUGAAAGUACGACAACAGACGGGUCCGGGAGACCAGACCACGGACGGGGAGAUUGAUUCUGCUCCCUGUUCUCCCCUCAGCGAUGGGCCAAAACCGGCACCACAGGAGAUGAUGGUGCUGCACCUCGAUCCAUCGGAAUUCUCCAACCUGCCGUCGACAAGGAGUCCAGGAAGCAACACAGCGAACGACGAUGUCACUGCUGGCGAUAUUAAGGCGUCACAAUAAAUUUUGUUUUGUGCAUGAUUUGCACUGAUCGCAGAAGGAACCUUUAUAUUUUAUAUAAAUAUUAUCGGCUACUAUCAUUGUUCAUCUCUAGUGGAAUAUGAUUUUUGACUAUCUAAGGUUUGCGCGCAUAUUAUGGCCAAGGAGUAGCAAUAGACGCAUAGAAGAAAUUGGAGAUGGCGCAAAAAUAGAAGAUCAUCAUGAUGCACUACUGAUUUUAGUAGUGCUUUCUAAUGAUAGCGUGAGCCAGGUGUGGGAAAGGGAGCGCGAGGCAAUGCGGGCAAAGAUCCAGGCCUUGGAGAGCCAAGUAGGCGUCAACAGCGGCGCGAUGACGGGUGGGCAAGCGCUCAAGCUGCGACUAGGAAUGAGGAAUGCAGGUAAAAAGUGUAUAAGCACUCACCUAGUACAAGCAGUAGCUGUAUGAUCGAUGUGAUAUGCCGAAAAGAAAAGGUAGCAACUUCUGGCUUGAUCCACUUCGAAAUCAACGUUGACCUUGACGAUCAUGUUUGCUUUUAUGAAAGUACUUAGGCAGUGUGAGGCGACCUGAUCUACUAGAGUAAAUGAUGCGCAUACAUUGUUAUUGCAAGUCCUCUACUCAGGUUCAUCUCCUUCGUCGGGGUUGCGAAAUUUUGGUCCGAGUGGUAGUUGUCCCAUUUCUGGGGACACAUCUACCAGGCCUCGAACCUUAGCCGAUUUGCGUCGCGGGAGUGUGUGCGUUCAGCCGAAUCACACGACGCUAGCGGAUUUGCGUCGCGGGUCGUUGUCUAUCGAAACGCGGAAAGGCUCCAUCAGCCAUGACAAUGCUAUGUCGCUCGAUGCUCUGCGAAAACUAGGUGUUAGUGGAGUGCGCCGGAUGCCGCAGCCGACGCCCCGGGAACUAGUUGAGCGCGGUUUACACCCUAGUGCAACAGGACCACCUGGCGGCGUCGCAGGUUCUACGGGAGGCAACAGCAACCUGGCGAAGCUUCUCAGUCGCACUCAGCGGGGUGAUGGUAGUGGUGCGGCGUCUGCAGCAGCUGCAGUCGCGGGUCUGGAUGCAGGAGGUGCAGCCGCGUCUUCAGCUAAGAUCCCGUACACGGGUCCAGGAACACCGCCAUCACCUACUGGUAGUCAACUUCAGGGCCCUACUAGUGCUAGCACUGACAACACUUCAGCUCCUGAGCAUCCAAGAAAACCACCUACUCUCGGAGCUGCGCGGUCGUUGGCUUCUUUACGUAGCAGUGACGCUUGUAGAGAUCAUGGGGUAGCGACUCGUCCUCCACCGGCUCCUGGCAUUCCAUUAGGAGGGAGUGCUAGCUUCAAGCCACCAAAGCGCGGCAUAAAAGUUCGAACCCUGCAGCAAGUCAAAGAGGACGACGUCACUGGUAAUUGUACAUGUUUGGCCAUUGAUAAGUACAAACUAGAGAGUAGAGCCGUUGCUAGAACGCUGCGAGGCCGACAACUGGCACACGCGGCUCAUCCCGUUCACGAUUUUCCGAAGUUCACUGGGGUCCUCGCGGGGAUUGUUUGGCCAGCUACCGACCACGGCAUGAGGCGCAAGGAGGUAGCGGGCGCAUUUGCACGGGGGCAUGCCGCGCACUCUGAAGGCCGCGAAGCGUAAGGCGAACGUGGCUGAGGGAGUGUGAUCAACGAGCGAGGGGCUGACAACGUGCAAAGCGGUGGGGGGAGCCCUUGCUGGUGGGCAUCACGCAAAGCCGCGCCCGCUCGGUUGUUGGGUUCGUGGGCAUGCUGGUCUACAGCUCAGGAGAAGCACAAACGCGCGCUGGGCGUGAAGCCGGUGCAGGUGCACCGGCUCGGGGACAACAUGCGCAAGCGCAUGCGCAUGCGCUCAAGGCUGCCACUCCGCGCGGGCCACGGGUGUUGUGGCCGGUGGCGCGGGCUUGGUUCUCUGGUCGAGCUCGAGGCUUACAAGGUGAGGAACAGCCGAACCCCCUGAGCAGUAUGCAGGCGCCGAAGCAACAAGGAGGAGAACAAGCAGGCAGGGACAAGGGAGAGAACGUCGCCGAGGGAGGCGGAGGGCGGCGCGUCGGCCGAUAAAGACGCGGCGACCUUAUGGGCAGGAAGCGGGAAGACUCGCCCCUUCGCAAUUUGUUUUGCUUCUCAUCCAAGCUGCUCAAGGAAUCCUCACUCCCCACUUUCAGUGCUUUCCUUUCUUUGUUUUUGUAGUUUCUUUCGUUUGAUACUUGGGAAGCUAAAACAUGACGGGAAGCACGUUACCGGCUGCAGUGCCGAAGUCGACCGGAGGUCCUCCUUCGGCUCCUGCUGCUGGUAAAAGGGAUGCUGCUGCCGGUUCUUCGAAUGACGGACCGGCUGCGAAGCGUGCCAACAUCGAUAAGGAAGGCAAAGUUUUGGAUCCGGGUAGCCGUAUUACAACUGGCCACCUUACCAACGUUUUCGAAAAGUCUGCAGCCAUCAUCUCCAAAGAGGCGACGCCUGUUGAUGCUUUUCAACGAGUACGCACUGAAGUUGCGCGUUUACCGAAUAACCUGGCACGUGCGGCCACUUAUACGAGCUUUGUUAAACCGAUCGCGAAGAUCGGUAUGCCGUUCGGUGUCGGAAAUUGCGUUCGAUGUGGUGGGUCUGAUACCUCGCAGAUCGGGCGUAGCGUUUCCGAUUCGCGCACCCUGGACACUCCUGCUAUGCUCCCGGGCGAGCAGCUUCUCGCGUGCAUGUUUUACAAUGCGCGCGAAAUUGCUACGGGAUUGGCGUCGUCUUCGAGUUUGAAGAUUAAAGAGAGCGAGACUCGGCUUCUUACGGCGUUGGCUGCUGUGCGGUUGUUUGCAGGAGAAGACCAUUUGGCUUCUCGUGCUGUUGCAGGGAAGCCGCAUAUGGUCACGAGACAGGGAAUCGUCUUUAUCGCGGGUUCGUUCGAGCCUCUUGCUGAAGGCGUUUUCGUUCUGAGUCGCGUGAUCGACAAGAUGAGGCCGUAUGUCAUCAAGUCGCAACCCACGAUCGCGACGAAGAUGAGUUCCUACAUCGCGGUUGGAAUUCGUCAAGAUGUCGCUGGCGCACUGGGGCGCCAAUUGUAUGGCAUCCAUGGGGCUGCCACUGGUAUGGUCCUCAGUGAUAUUGUGCCUGGUUCUUGCGAUCCAGUCCAGAACAGGCAGGCGAGGUGGCUGCCGCGCUCCAAGACACUGAAGGUGAUCAAUUCAAUCUGGCCCCGCUCGGAAGUGCUCGAUUUGUGAAAGAGAUGCCGGACCCCGCCAGUUUUUCUGAGAUGGUAGCGCCAACGAAGUGAGGCAUUUUUUCUAUUGAUUGGCGGCUGGCCAGCGGCCUCGCGAGGAAAGCGCGCAGCUUCGUCUGGCCUCGAGAUCGAAGUCAUGGCUGUGGAGAAAAUUUCGCCUGCCGGAUAGUCGUUCCGGAGAAACUGGCGCAGUUUCGAGCAGUGCAGACCCAUAACUUUCUAAACUGCUCACCUCCUGCGGGCUAUCCCGUGCGCGCUGGAAGGUUGGAGCCAUUGGCGGCGCUCCGUAAAACAGCCUCCCGCCCCACCUUGGUAGAGAACCCUCCGCAAGUAGUUCCUUUCAGUACUCUGGAGUCGAGUGGUCGCCUGCUUGUCUUCUUGUCUUUGGCAUGGAGUUGAGCCGCGCUCCGCUGCCUGUGGCGCGUGUGGUCUUGCGCUGGCUUGCCGGUCUCUUCUUUCUUCUGGGCAUCUUUGCUUGGGGCAUGUUUUUGGCUGCAUCUUCUUGGUGGCGCUUGGGAUGUCUCAUCCCUGUGCCAAGAACAAGGGCAGGCAAGCUUACGGUGCUGCGAAUGGGGUCCCCGUUCGUGCCGCAGGUGUCCCCUGUGCAUAGAAGUCUACACUGCGGCUGGGACAAAUGUUCGGGCUUUGUUUAGUUAUUUAGUAGUUGCGCGUGCGGGGGGGGGGUGCUGUAGUCUGGGCUUUAGUUAGUUUAGCGUGGUGGAGCGUAGUAGUUGCCAGGAGGGAGCCUCACUCCUCCCCGCCGGUGCUCUGGUUGUGCGGCAGUGUAGUCGAGAGUGAGGGUGUGGCCGUCUGCCCCCCUGGGUAGUUUCGCUCGCCUUCGGGUGUGAUGCUCGCCCCGUGAACGUGUCUGGGGAGUGGGCUCCCCUUCGUCCUCUCUUGUGAUCACUAGGCAGCACUACUGCCUCUGGCAGUUCUUUCUUCCCUUCAGGCGGCUUGUUUGGCUUCCUUCUUUUUCCCUUUCUAUCUUGCUUCGAUCGUGAGGCGGGCUUCCCUUUGUCCUCUCACGUGGCCCCUACUGCUUCAGGCAGUGCUGUCUUCUUUUCAGGCUGCUCGGCUGGCUCCCUUUUCUCUCUCCUCUCCCUCCUUCUGGCCUGUGCUCUGGUUGUGCGGCUGUGGAGUCGGGUGUGGGUGUCAUGUGUGGCCGUCUGCCCCCCCGGGUAGUUUCGCUCGCCUUCGGGUGUGGGGCUCCCCGCGUGUCCGUGAAGUGGGCUCCCCUUCGUCUUCUCUUGUGACCACUACUGCUUCAGGCUCUGCCGCCUUCCUUUUAGGCUGGUCGAUUUGCUCCCCUUUCCCUCUCCUCCUCUCUUCUUGUUGGUGAAAAAGAGGAAAAGCGGCCCACGCUGUGCGCCCCCUGGCCCGGGUUUUGGGCGUGGGUCCCCUACUCUUGGCAGUGUCUUACGUUCCCGGCAUGACUUCAGCGUCGCGCGGGGGGCCUCGGGCUUGUCGUCUUCGGUUCUCGGCAUAGGGGGCGGGGCACUAUGCUCAGCGCGGGCGUACAGCGUGACAUGUUCGGCCUUUCGUCUGUGUGUGUGUGUGUGUGUGUGUGUGUGUGUGUGUGUGUGUGUUUGUAGACGGCGGCGCCGUGUGUCAGCGUCUGGGGCUGUGACUUCCGGCACCGCAUUGGGGUAAGACGCUCGCUCGCCGAGGGUGCUCGUUUCGUUGAUGGUUCUUCCAGUUCCACGGUGCUCCGCGGGCUUGGGUGUGGGUUGCGCAGGUAAUGGGCCCCGCUUGUGAAGAAAAACGCCGGGGGAGCGCCCAGCUUGUUGCUUAGUUAACCUCUGGCGGGUGUCUAUGGACACCGUUCGCUUAGAAACAAAUUGGAGAGCAUCCAUUGCGGGCGCCUCUGAUUCGUGACGAAAGUGGUCGGCUGUAGCUGGGUUCUAGCUCUAAUUUUACUGGCUAGGCUAAUCCUUGCCCUCAGUUUAUUAAUCCAUGCAUCGCGGUCAGCCUAGUCGUUUCGCCAUUUCUCUUCCUGUUUUUCCGCGUGGGUGGUUCGUUCGUCUGGCUUGUCAGUCUUGUGGCUGUUUGGGCCUUCCCAGUCUGCGCACGUAGGGUGGCCGCCGCUGGUCUCUUUGUUUUGUUUUUGUCGGUUUUGUUGCGUGUAUCUAUCAUCUCGACGGCAGCGCGGCGUCGUAGGCCCCUCGGGCUAGCCCCUCGUUUCUGUGCUCUGAAAAAGGAACAAGCUUUCCGGCAGUAGCAGCUUUGGGCCUCGUUUCUCUGGUUGUAAAGAGAGGCACCACUCACCAAACGCUCAAGAUGGCAGCUUGCCUUUUCCCUGAUUGGCGUCUGGGCUCUUUCAGACUUACUUCAGUGCCUGCCAUUAAAGCCACCUUCAUUUGAUGCACCUUCGUGUUCGUCCUCCUCUCACGCCAGGUUCCCAGCCACCGUUGGCUCCAGACGUGAUCGCGGCACUGAAUGAAGCGCGUCGACCGAGCAUCUCUCUAGCGGAUUUGAGGCGACCAAGCAUAUCUUUGAUCGACGCGCGGCGACCUAGUGUGUCUGCUCGACUAGUGAGCCAAAUUCAGGCGAGUCAGCGAAGGUGUCAGCCGUCUGCAGUCAGAGGUGCGGCGCCCAGUUCAGGUUCACAAUCGCAGCUGUCCUCUUCAUCAUCGGGUCACAAUCCCGACGUACCAAUUGCUGCAACAUCUUCUAUGUUGACGCACCAAGCAGAUGACCCCAGUACUUUGCAAAUGAAUUCUUGUACCAGCACCUCUUCUACGUCGACCAGCACAGGAGUUCCUAAUGUUCAGCCUGCGGCAGUGAAUGCCGCUGAAGCACCUACUACAACGGCAAUCAGUGGUAAAGUCGUGCUUAUUGGCUCACGUGGAGUGGGGAAAAGCGUUCUUUGUCGCCGUCUAACAGCUCUCGCCGAAGCCAAGGGGUGGUUGAAGAAAAGUUCUCAUUCUUCAAUACUAUAUACCUCCUCCUCAUCUUCUUCAAACACAAAUAAAGUGGGAUCGAAAUCUUCAACUAGUUGCGCCUCAGAUUCGCCAGACUUCAGCACCACAACGGGUGGUAGUGCAACAGAUGACGCUGCUUCCCCGCCGCUAGUGAGUCCUCCAACACAAAGAACUACACAACGACCUGGAGAGACGAGUGCCGGUGCUACUGCUUCCGCAGAUGGAGAGACGAGGUCGGUGAAAGAGACUUCUAGUAACACUAGUACCGAUCUUCAUCCUACAGGUACAACUGAAGGUGGAGGACCUACAGGUACAACUGGAGGAUCGAGGCAGAAGACUAGUUCAAGUGCCUCCACUUCUGCUGGUGAUGUGUGUCGUAUUGUAUUGCCGUUCGGUGAUGAGGAGAGUGUGGAGCUGGAACUGCACGAUCUCGCUUCGGGACAGGGGAACUCUCCUUUACCACUGAAUUUCUUUCGAGGACAUCGCGUUGUCAAUCUUCUAUGCCUGGACAUGAGCGACGAUACGGUGGAAGAGUACUACUGCUGUAGUUGUUGAAAUUUCUCUUCAAUGUUGUAGCAUUCUCAAUACGUGGGGGGGAGCCUUCGGCCCUGAGCCCUGGAACAUAUAUAGGAUUUGCUGUAUAAGAUUUUUCUCUUCAGACAGCGCACCAAUAUUUUCAUUUCUGUGUACGUCUUCUAGCAUCAAAUACCUCGUUCCCUUUAUAAUCCUAGAUCAAAUACGUCCAUAGCUACCCUGACAAUACUCAAAAAAAUUUAGGAACGAACUUGAAACGCACGAAAUUCGGCUCAAAGAGGCCCUCGAGGCCUGCAAUGCGAAAUCCGGUUUUAUUGUUGGCACCAAGAGCGACCUUGCCAAGGGAAAUGCUCGUGAGAAUCUUGCUUUCUUCGCGGCGCAGAAAAACAUGCCCUGCGUUUUCCUAUGUGCAGCACAGAGUUUAUGGUUGUAAUACAAAGGAGAUGUAUCCUUCGUCCACAGAAGACCCUGGAAUUGAGUCGUUUUGAAGGGAAAAUUGAGGAACUGAGACCCUUAGGAUGCCAUGGAGCGAACAUCAAGAUUGAUUUUAAUUUCAGUAUCAUCGUGACGAAACACUACGACGCCCUUUGGCAGUCUGCACUGAACGUAUGUCGUAUUGUAUUGUAUCUAACAGUCAUCUGUAUUGAAAAAAGGACGACUAGGACAACUUAAAACUCAACUCUUAUUUCUUACUGCUCUAACUCCAGCAGGCAUACUCGAAGGCAGUGACCAGGUGAUGGAGCAGCUAUUGCGGAAUAUAGCGGAAAAAAUCUUUCUGCAGCACGCUCUCCGGUCGGGUGGUCCGGCACCGACAGGCACGUUUCGUCUCAAGGCCGAUAGUGUACCAUUGAAUCCGGUGGACGCUGACUCGUGUGCGACGAUGUGA